AUGACGAUCGUGAAGCGAAAGAAAACGUCGGAUUAUAAUGAAAGGUGCGACGAAGCUAGGAACAUAAGGUUUACCGAAAUUGUGCAAUUGGCAGAUCGAUCCUCGCGUGCACGAUUGGAGCAACAUACCAAAAUAUUCGCGUCCAUGUGCCCCGACGAAAUCCUCGACCAUUAUGACAAUUACGAAACUAGGGAAUACGACACGACAUUGAUGCUCGGCGAUAUUUCAGGCUUCACAGACCUCACGGAAAAAUAUACAAAGACCGGCGUCGGCGGUCCCUCCAAGCUAUCGGAAACUUUGAACAGCUAUAUCGGUGCGAUGGUGCAGGAGAUCCUCUCGCAUGACGGUGACGUCGUGAAAUUCUCCGGUGACGCGUUCAUAGUGAUGUGGAAGCUCCAAGAAGGGAUGCUCAUGCGCGAUAUCGCGACGGAAGCGAUACAGACCGCGUGCAUCAUACAGAAACAUUUCGGAACCUACAACACCGACGUCGGUGUAACGCUCAGAGGUUUCGUUGCAUCAUUAAUGCAAUAUAGUAAAAUAUUGAAUUCUAACGUUCUCGAGAGUCGAACGUCAUCAAAUUUACAAGUUAAAGAUCGCAAGCAUAGUUUAUUUUAUUUUUAUAACACAAUACAAUUAUAUCAUAUUUUUGAAGAAUAUUGUACAAUAGAUUGCAAAGUCUUCCAUUCGACGAUAGCCCCACAGGUUAACUUAAUAAUAUUUUUAAUAGUAAAGCUUGCCAUUGCUUCCGGAAUAACGUACUUUACGUCUAUUGGAGAUCCAGAAACUAUGUCCUAUUAUGUUAUUACUGGAAAGCCUGUCUGGGAUGUAAAGUUUGCCGAAGGAUUGUGCCGAGGCGGUGAUAUUCUCGUAGCACCUAGUAGCUGGCAAUGGGCGAAUCCUAACGAGUAUGUUUGUGAAAAGUUACCGGAUGGUAUACAUACUCUGAUUAUAGCUUGCUCAGCAAUGUGGCAUCAUUCCAGAGCUCACGAUAUUCAUAAUGGCACUGAAAUCAAUAACAGAAACGCCGAGAAUAACAGAAACUUUUUCGAUUUACCGCGUGAUGCAAAUAAUGCAAAUUUAGUGAACUGGAUCGGUGAUACUCAGACAGAACAUGAUUUCGAGCAGGUCGAUUAUAGCUUGAGGCCCAAAGUCAUCAGGGCAGCUAAAGAGCGACUGAAGGAUUCAUUGAGAAGCUAUAUGCUCAGACCUGUUAUACGAUCCGUGGAAAUGGACGAGCCGUUGGAACAUCUUACGGAGAUGAGACAAGUGGUCAUACUCUUCAUUAACGUCAUCACAACGGUCAUGGAUAACAAAGGAUUGAUCUCGCUCGUUAGUGCAGCUUAUAAGUUAGUCUGCGGGAUAGUCUGCGAGAUGCACGGAUGCGUGAACAAGACGUCCCUUUUCGACAAGGAUCUGAUAUUCCUCUGCAUAUUUGGACUGCGUGGGGAUAAACACGUGCUGGAAUCGCAAAUCGGAUUGAGAUGCGCCAGUAAGGUGCGGCAAAGUCUCCUGGCGAUGAAGAACGUAAAAUCCGUGACGAUCGCCGUUACCACCGGGAUGACAUAUUGCGGUGUGAUCGGCCAUAUCUUACGGAGGGAGUAUACCGUGAUAGGAAUGUCGGUGAACAAGGCAGCGCGUUUGAUGGUCGCGUACAAUAACAAAGUGAUAUGCGAUCGUGAGAGCUUUCUACGCUCUCGUCUCGAAGCAAGGCACUUUAUACUUCAAGAGCCGCGACAUUUGAAGGGAAUUACAAAAGUUGGUCCUGUCUAUGAGUUUCAGGAACAUAUAAAAUUUAUUGCUCCUGAAUUAACACGAAGGAAGUAUCCUUUGCUUGGACGAGAAGCGGAAAUCAAGAUUUUUCGACAGAUGCUGUCGAAUCUAACAGCACAUCUCACCAUGGACGAAACAACACAGCAGUGCGAAUACAAUAUGUUGAUUAUAAAAGGCGAACCGAGGAUCGGCAAGACGAGACUGUUGGACGAAAUCUCACAGAAUAUUCCUACAGGUGUAUCACGCAACUAUAUCUCCUUGGUUAUGAACGAUGUUAAGGUUUCUUACAGUUUGAUCCAUCUGAUAUUUUCCAUGCCGCUGGGCUUCAACGUCGCCACCACCCCGAGAGACCGCGAAGAAAUACUGAUGUCACGAUUGGAAGGUGUCUGCGAGCCGGAAUUCCUUUGCGCCCUUAAUCAGCUCUUUAACGUGCAUUUUAUGAUGAGCUCGAGCUACACAGCACUAUCCAGAAAACAAAAGCGCAAAAUGUUGCGCAAGUUUUUGCUGAAACUGAUGAAGAGCUGCUUCAGGGAGCUCUGGGUAGUGAUCAUCGAUAAUGCACAAUAUAGUGACGAGGAUUCUAUGAAACUGUUUCGUACGAUAACUAACCAGAGCACAGUCUUAUUCAUCCUCAGUCUCGGACGCAAGCUGAACGGCGAGUAUGAAAUGGACCCCUCCGUUUUGGAGAAAGCGCGAAUUAUCGAAUUGGGUCGCAUAGACAAGUGGUAUCACGCAGCGCUCGCUUGUCAGAUUCUUGAUGCAAGUGGAAUUCCUCCGGAACUCGAAAGAUUGAUUCAAGAAAGAAGUUUUGGUAAUCCAGGUUGGAUAGAAAGUUAUUUAUUGAGCCUUACGCAGUCUGGUAGCCUUGUAAUAGUACAUAUCAGCAAAUUGAUUGCUGAGGAAAUGGGUUAUGUGCUUCCUCCCAUUUAUAUGCUGAAGAGGUUUGCCUCUGAGGAAACGUUUCUGAAUGACGGGAAUAAUGAAGAAGAAAGACGAUCAGACAAAUGGAAGAUGUACAGGGCAAGUUAUCGUAAUGGUCAAAUAUCUAUGAUGAGACCGCACGCCGUCCACAAAGCGGGAACUCCAAUUUAUGAUGAAGAGACAAUCGCCGUUUGUAAAUUUACGCAAGGGUUUGUGCCAGAAGAGGGAGAUACUGAAGUGACAAUGGACGUAAUGAUCUUGAAGAUUUUCGACUCGUUAACACCACUAGAUCAACUAUUAUUAAAAUGCGCCUCGGUAUUGGGAGAAAUUAUUAAUAGAAGCAUGCUACAAUACCUCAUGGAAGAUAAAUCUACGAGGGAAAUUGGACUAGCUGUCAAGAAACUCUUCGAGAUCCGAAUCUUUGGAUGCGCGCGUGGUGAUUUUACUAUGAGUGGCAGGCCGCUGGUGUUCUACAGAAAUAUAAGGAAAUUCAAUCUUGAAGCAGAAACUGAGUGCGAAUGUGUGGAUCUUAUGAUACCAGAGGAGCUAACUGACCUGCCACGUUACGCGUCUUGCGGUCUGAUGUAUUUUAAAAUGUCGAUGUUCCGCGAAACUACUUACAGAUCGCUCACGGAAAAUCAAAAGAUGGAAUUACAUAGCAAGGCGUUAAAAUAUCUUCGGCAACAUACCAAACGAUGUAUGACUUGCGGUGAGAUACAGUUUACAAGAUUGUUAGGAAAAACGCCCACGCAAGAGACUAGAAGAAGAAGAUUAACUGUCGAUAUCACCGAAAUGCAUCAGAUUGAAGAAUCAACUUACAAUUUCAAAGAAGAGACAGAAAACGACACGCAGCCGGAAACAGAGAGAACGCCGAUUUGUCUCAAUAUUUUUCGAAGUGUCAGGAAAUCCACCAAGACGUUUUCCAACGUUGACUUCGCCAAUUGUCAAUGCCAUCUUAUUCUAAUAACUGUCUAUGCUCAGAUAUUGGAACAUUGUCAAGGAAUCGGGAAACAAGAUAUGAUCGUGACAGCAAUUUUGGAGUUUGUGGAAAUUUGUUUAGCGAGCAAUAACGUACCUCAAGCUCGCAGACUUCUGAGUGACGCUGAAGCUUUGCUUCUGCAAAUGUUGGAGACCAACGAGGAGAAAUCGAUAGUUCUGCUUUAUCUCAUUGCAAACAUUCAGACGUUUCAAGGUAGAUGCCACUUGGAAAGCGGUUUACUUUCCGAAGCAAGCAAGAAGUUGAACGAUGCAAUGAGCAGUCUGGGCUACAAUUUUCCGCGACGUAAAUUCACAAUCGACUCGAAGUUGAUAAUUCAACUCGAACUGCUAAGGUGGAGAUUGGCCUGUCCCAAGCGUUGGAAAAUCGACGAUGAACUCACUACAAAUUAUGUCGAGCAACUAGCUAAUUGCUUGGCACAAAUGUUUAAUGUAUUUAGAGGGAUGAAGAAAAUGAAGAAACAUGCACGGUUAGCAGCCAUUUGGGGCUUAAAUGCUGCGCUGGAUGCAUCGAAUGACUUCCUCAUGCUUUGUACCUCGCUUACGCACAUGAUGAUCAUCGCACACGUCUACCAAACCAAGUCAAUUGUUCCUUAUUUGGAAAGACACGCUCUCAAUAUCUGUGCGAAGAAAGGAGAUUUACUCGAAUUCCAAGAGCUCAAAGCCAUUGCCGAGCUUUAUGCGGGAGUAUUUUUCUCGCGAUGGUUGAGAAGCGAGAUCAGCAAAGCGAUUAGAAUUGGUUUUAUCACGAUGAGAAUGGCGCAAACUCUGGACUCCGUGAACCUCAAGUUGCUCAUACUACCGAGACUAGUGCACCUGCUUAUGAUCUCGUGUCGCCAUUCGGAAGUCGUGACUUUGCUGAGAGAAUUAGAAUUCGCGUCACGAAACAACUUAGAUAAGUCGGGUCGUACUUGGUACUACGCCAUGUGUGCUGAUGCGCUACUCGACACCGGCCUCACAGUCCUCUCGUUUCAAAAUUGCGACGAAUAUUAUCUUCAAGAAGGAGAGACCAUAAUUAGCGUACAUGAUCCUGAAGCAGAAAGACGAUAUUUCACCUCCAUGUGGUUAUGGUGCGUCAGAAUGCAGCAGUGGGAAGCUACGAAAGUUUGGAGCAAUAGAAACGUGACAGCCGAAAGUAUGGUGGACGAGCACAAGGUAGCAGCAACGAUUACUGCACUAAAGAAAAUCGAGGGAUUGCUUAUUUUAUAUGUAAAGGAAGUUACUAACAGGAAUAUAAACGCAUUGAACACGCUAACAGAAAUCAAGUAUGAAUUCAAACAUGUUGGGAGUAUGAUAAAGAUUGUAAAAAUUGCAGUCCCCAGGUAUAUGUUGAUGAAAGCUUAUUAUUACAUGAUACAGUCACGAAAAAGUGCUGCGAUAAGUAUGCUACGAAAGGCGAAGAAGUUAGCUAUAAAAGUAGAUAACAGAAUGAUUUAUGCAUGGGCAAAUCAUUGUCAGCAAGCUUGGCUAGGUGCUAUAUCCACCAUACACGAAGAUUUAUGGAAAGAAAAAACUAUGAAGGUACAUAACGGAUGGGAUGAGGUAAAUGCCAACGAUUCGACCAUGAUUCCUUUUACACUUCCAUUACCGAAGUAUAUGUUAUAAAUAUCUGUAAUUUUAACGCAUAAAAAGUACCUAAUUAAUAAUAUUUCUUGAGUUAAUAAAAUUUGUCCACUCUUAUCUUCUUGUUAAAAUAGAUAUACAGAUCGCAUUUAAGAAAUUAUCAUAUGCUUAGUUUACUAUUACACAAGACAAUUACAAUAUUUAUUUCGGUCAAUCUAUUUACUUAUAUUCAUUUAACAGUUUUCUAAGACUCUCGGUAGACAGUGAUAUGUUCUGCGUAUAUAAAUUUUCAGAUCUUUUCUUUUUCUUAUCUCAAGAAAUAUCCUAAAAAUAAAUUGUAAUAGUAUUUCAAGACGUUUAAUCGCCCUUUGUUGCAAUACCGCGACGACAUGUAAUAUAACAUUAAUACUGCAAGCGGGCGGUUUGGUUCUUUACCUCACCACCGUCACCCAGUUGCACCUGUUUCGUGGCUCACGGACCAAAUGCGGAUCGUUAAACGCAAUUAUACGGAUCAUUGUGCAAUGGUGCGCGGUGCUGUGCACCAUGCGGCUGUGUGCGUUUCGUUAGUGAUAACUAAGCAGUUGAGAAGCGGUCACUGUUGAGUGAAUGGUGAUCGGUAUAAACAAGCCAGUGCUACUCGGGAGAGACCUACAUAUCUUUCUUCUGAACCAACGUGAAGCAGAGACGUUUUACUGCUUAGACCCCAUGGAUCAGAAAUCCAAAACCAGAGGAAUAGAAAAGUUUGAAAAUUUAUUUCACCUGAUUUAUUUAAAAAAUCAAUAUAUAAAUUUGAGAAUACACAUAUAGUUUUACGGAACAAUAAUGAUCAUAUUCUCCAAAACAAAUUUUGUUUACAAUUUUUGCGGAUGAUAAGUCUCUGAAAGAUUUUCUCACGCUGUAGUUUCCCCCUUUUCUUGUUUCUUUUUUUUAAGUCGCAGCUAGUUCUGAAAGAAAAUCGAACUGGAACAAUAAAAGUUGUCAUCUCUAAGUUCUACUUUUAAUUUUGUUAACACAUAAUAAAAAUAUAAAAUAAACACUUGAGGCCUAUGUAUAAAUGAGCUAAAGCGCCACUGUCAGAAGAAACGUGCACCGGUUCUUUUACGUGACAAGGGAAGAAAAAGACGCACCGAUCGUUUCUCUUGCUAUGCGCGUCUUUCUUUUUUAAUCUGACAAGGACUAUCUGUUUUUUUUCUACUUCCACAAGGACUCGGUGCACUAUCGCUCGCGCUCAUUGAUCCGCGCGAGUGCAUUUAUGCAGAUUAUUAUGUGCAAUUUGUGUCACAUGAGAGAAAUGUCGAACGAAAAUAUUGGCAACUGUUUAUCGCAUAUACAAAUGCAACCACUUAUUCGAAUUGGUCUACAUCGAAUAUAUAACACAUUAAGAUGACGGCAUCUCGACGAAACUUAAAUAUUUUUAUGCAUAAUUUCGUGUAUACACAAUGCUAAUUAAUUUGUGUAUACAUA